CAGGUCAGAGGUCACCCAUGUUACAGAUGGUGAAACGGUGAGCGCGUAAGGGUUCACUACGUCCUGACCAGUCGUUUACUGGACUUUCUGAUACCCCAUAAGCUUCAACCGAUUCAUCUGGACCGGAAAUGUUCCACGUCAUCGCCCGCAGGAGCGCGCCGGUGACUCGGCUGCUCCUCGCGCCGCGCGGCGCCGUGCUCGUGGAGAGUGUCCGCGGCCGGAAGUCCCGCGGUGACCCGGUGGCCAAAUCCAAAGAGGGGCGAAUAAAGGUGCCUCCUCCGGUUGACCCGAAGGAGAUGGUGGUCCUGAAGGAGAGAUUCACGGAGUACCAGCUGAUCCUGAGGGCGUUACGGCUGGAGUUUAAGGAGGAGGUUCUGCGGAAGAAGUUUGAGGAGGAAACGGGCUCGCUGGCAGAGGAGAGGGCAAGGCAGGACGCAGAGGAGCACCGCACUCUGAUGCUCUGGAACCAGGAGGAGAAUCUGCGCCUCCUGAAGGCCAGGGUGCUGAGGAUCCAGAAAGAGGAGGAGGAGGCUCAGCGCACCAAGAUGGAGGCUGUGAUGAAGCUGGAACUGCAGCAGGAUGAGUUCAUCAAACAGAAGGAGCAGCAGGUUUUACAGCUGCAGGAGGAGGCGAAAAACUUCAUCACCAUGGAGAACCUGGACCAGCGGAUCGAGGAGGCCCUGGACCAUCCGAAGAACUACAACUUUGCCGUGGACAGAGAAGGACGGGUGGUCCGGCAAACUGUGGUGCAGUGAUGCGUCCCCAAGGAGGAGCAGGACUUCACACCUGAGGGGGGCGGGGCUUCUGAAAGUUUUACUCUGAUCCCCUGAGGGACCCGAUGGAUGAUCUGUGAGGGGGGGGGGACCUGCCCCCAAGGACGCCCCCGCCCUUCUUCAGAGCUGUCUUCACCAGUUUGACAGAAAAGACUGCAAAGAUUAGAUCAAUAAAGUUUUGACUUUUUGUAAAACCCGGAUGUGUGUUGAGAGACCGGAUCGGCCCAAAGCUUUGGAGCUGAGCUUGUUGUGGGGUGGGGGUCACAGUGACCCACUCCUGUCCUGCAGGUUCCUCCUCUGAUGGGGUGGGAAGGUGCAACAAGUUGUUGGGAUUAAGAGGAUUGCUUUCAUUUCAUGGAGAGCUGGGAUUAUCAUCAGAUUAUCCCGCCUCUGCAGGAUUCAAACCCAUCAUAACCCUGCUUGGGGACGGCCUUGUGGACACACCGUCCAGCAGAACCUGGUCCGGCUCAGGGCCCGCUGUGAUCACAUGAUCAACCAUUAAAAACCUAUUUAUAACCAAAAA